AUGGCAACCUCACCACCUACACCCGCCGCCGCCAACGGCUCCUCCGACACCCGCCCCGCGACCCCGACGCCCUCCCAGCUGCCCCCGAUCCCGGGCUCCCCCGUCUACUCCCUCGCCUCCACCGCGAACCCCCUCUCCUCCUUCAACCUCCCCCUCCCGCCGCCCCCGCGCCCCGUCCACGCCAUCCUCACAAAGGCCGACCUCGAGCAGUCCCAGACCUCCUACACCGACCUCCUCCAGACCGCAAAGGCCUACCGCCAGGCCCUCGCCACCCUCUCCACCGCCGCCUCCGCCUUCGGCUCCGCCCUCGAGUCCUGCGCCCGCCUCAAGGAGGCCCGCGCCGAGUCCCUCUCCGCGAGCACCCACCCCAACGGCGCCGCCCUCUCCUCCAGCUUCCCCGGCGCCGGCUCCAACACCGCCUGCACCGCCGACCUCCUCCUCUCCGCCUCGGGCGUCCACCACCUCGUCGCAAACCACCAGCAGAUCCUCUCCGAGACCGUCUACCGCGACUUCGAGGUGCCCCUCCUCCACGAGCUCGACAAGUGGCGCCAGCGCGUCGACGACGAGGAGGAGAUCUACGUGCGCGAGGUCCAGGCGCGCUCGCGCGAGAUCCAGAAGCUCGAGAAGGACGGCCUGAAGCUGCACAAGCAGCGCCGCCGCGACGUCGGCAAGUUCCGCGCCCACCUCGUCGAGCUAACCACCAAGCUCGACGGCCUGACCGCGCUGCACGGCGGCCACGCGCGCACCCUCCUCCGCGAGAGCCAGGACACCAGCGGCCGCAUCCUCGAGGCCUCGUGCAGCCUCGUCCGCGCGGAAGUCGACAUCUUCGAGAGCCUGGCACGGAAAGGGUGGAGCGGCGGCGGGCUGGACGAGCUACUCGAGAAAGGCGCCGAUCUAUUCGCGAGCGACGAGGUUGCGGACCUGCACCACGCAAGCAUCAGCGGCGGGUCCGCGGAGACGGCGAAGCUGUUCAGCAUCCUCCCGCCCAAGAGCAUCCUCGCGGACGCCGCCUCGGACGUCACGCGGCAGGGCGGCGGCCACGCGCGGGGCGACAGCCUGCUGAGCGACUCGGACCGGUACCAGAGCCUCGGCGCGGCGGUGGCAUCCCCCGGGCUCGGCGACGACAACGACGCGGACAGCAUCUUCUCAGACACGACGUUCAACCGGUCGCGGGGCGUGCGGCCGUUCUCGCCGCAGCCGAUCCGGCGGCACGCGACGGACGUGACGUUCGACAGCCUGGGCGUCGGGCUGAGCGAGGAGUCGUCGCAGGUCGACGAGCGGGCUGCGGAGCAGCGGCGGUACAGCAUCCUGAAGGAGGAGGACGAGGAGCAGCGGGACGGGCAGACGCCGUGGGGGCAAAGCAACGACGGGAGCUCGGUGGUGGAGGAGUCAGUCAACGGGGGGUCGGAGGAGAGGGGGCGGCGGGAGAGGCGGUGGAGUGUGAAUGAGGAAGACGUCUAG